GGAAACUUAACUUUUCAGCUGCUUUAAUUUUUACUCAAUUAAGGUAUUGCUUGAAAUGGCGGCAAGUCGGGAUGCUGGAGAUAUCAUUAAUGAAAGGGUGGUCGCAGCCAUAUUUGAUCGAGCUGCAAGGCAUCGCUACAGUCCAGCCGUUUAUGAUAAGAUGAAUGCAAAGAUACUCGAUUACUGUCGGCAACUUUUUAGUAAAGAUUAUGAAUGUCAGGUGGUGAGUAAUUCUGAAAACCCCGGUGCCCAUUAUCCAACCUCGCUUUUAAUUCCCGUAGAAGAGAACACUGACGUUCCUGGGCAACUACGUUUCGGAGGAAAGUCUUCGACUUUCCAACCAGGAAAUUACAAGAAAAUGUAUGAAUCAGCUCAACGUGUUCGAACCAACAGACGUUUUCCUGUCCCUACAAUAUUAUGGAAUGGGAAAUUUCUUUGUCGUACUGCUGGAGUGGAUGUGGUUUCGGUAGCAGCAGAUAUGAAUACAAUCCUGUUGAAUGAAGGUUCUUCCGCAAGCGAUUUUGAAUUCCAGAUAAACAUUGCCACUGCGGCUUUCUUCAUGAAAGUCAAGAAAUUCUCUAUUGACAUGAGUGUAGACGUACAUCUCUUAAAUCAUCUGGAAGUGACUCACAUUUGUGACUUGAGAGGAAGAGACCCAAGCAGAGAUUAUCCUAAAUUCGCAGAAACUUGUGAAUUAUACAAGACGUAUUACACCGCGUUCAAAACUGCUCACUUGCCAUACCCAAGCGUCGACUUUUUUGAAACAUACUACAGGAUACGAGAACCUGAAGAAUUACGCCUUAAUUGGAAGAAAAAAAGUCCACCACUCUUUGAUUUGACAUUGCCUGACAUAGAUUCUAUGACACUUCUUCAAACAGAUGUCUCCAAAUACCGGGAAUGGUAUACACUUGAUCAAACUCUAAAUUAUCUGCUGGUUUUACAGACCUAUCUUACUUCGGACCUCCUUUCAGUAAAAGGGAUUCUUUUGCACUGUAUUGCUGGUCAGGAUCGUACCCCACUUUUCGUAACACUUUUACGUUUGUCGCUUUGGGCCGAUGGUUUAUUGCAUGCGACUUUAAACCCUUUGGAGAUGCUCUACUUGACAGUAGCUUACGAUUGGUAUCUGUUCGGGCACAAUUUGAAGGAUUGUCUAAACCGAGGCUAUUGGAUAAUGCAUUUCUGCUAUAACAUCCUCGAUCAUAUUACAUCCGACAGAUUUUCAGUGAGGGGUUCCGAAGUGGAAACUGCAAGUUCAAGAUGCAUUCUUCCGUGUUUUCGACCCAAAACUGACCGCAAAAAAAGGCUUCUUGAAGUAAAGAGGCUCUUCCUGAAGUUUUAUGCUCAGAUCGAAAGGAGACCUGUUCAGCAACCAUCCACAAGUACAGGCCGAAGGUGAUAUGGAGAUUUAGUGACUAACCACUGCUGAUAUUGAAAUCGGACUUCUCGAAUUAAACGGAGGUUUUGAAUACUUUCACAUUAAUGACGUAUUUUAAUAACCAUUGUAUCUUACAUUUUAUUGUAGCCGACUUUGUAAAUUUUGUUUACUUAAAUUCCUAUGUAAUUUUUAACUAAAUAAAAUGCUGAGAUCCA